UUCAGUUUGUCAGUGUCAACGUUUCAAGUAUUUUUACACAACCAUGUUAUACAAAUUAUAGUGCAACCCAUCCAAUCCAUUUCACAAUCAUCACAACAUUUGUGUAUCUACAAAGCAUCUGAGACUAAUCUAAUGAAUAAUAUCUUCAAAAUAUCAACCACCGUGGUUAAAACAGUGAACCGACCACCACUUUUUAAACCACUGAAAACAGCACACUUAAUUGUGCCAGCUCCGACAUGUUCUGGAAUAAAUUCAAACGGUAAGAAACAUCCUAAAAGAAAAAUCCACACGAAUCGUACACCGCCAGGUCAAGAAUGUACCCCAAAGACGCCGGACUUGGUCUUCGUACCGAGGUUAUUCAACUGGAUAGCCAACAAGCUAAAGUUGAAAUAUUUACAGAAAAUGUGGGACAAGGAUUUCACAGAGGGUGCAUUUAUUUAUGGAACAAGCAAAGCCGUUUGUCGGAUAACAGAAAUAAUACACUGUAACAAUCCGAAAGAAUUAGAUGGAUUAGUUACUGAUAAUGCAAAAUUGAAGAUGUACACGAUUAUUCACACUAAACUAACGCCAAAACAAAGGGACAUAAUACAACUGAAGACAUCAGAUAUUAAAGUAUUAAUUCCAUUGAGUGUUAAGCUAAUAAGCAGCAACGGCGAAAAGAAGUGCAACAUAAAGUUGCGGGUUUUGGCUUUAAAGUGGUACAAACAAGUUAAUGGAAUCAUGAGCCUGGUUUUGGUUGGUGUAGAAUCCGAAUUUUUAAGAGAUUAUAAUGAUGAAUACCCAAAUUGGUUAAUAAGUGAUUUUCAUGUAUUGGACUGUACUAUGAUAAACGAAGUAAGAUAGAUAAUAGUUUGAUAGUUGCAUAUCAUACCUCGGUGAUGAUAUAGAAUGAUAUGGUACUUCAGUGUUAUGACCUAUUAGAUCUUGAUUGUUCUCCACUAUUCCCCAUGGCGCAAUUCCUAGUGUGUUCACCCGACCAGUUCUUUGAGAUCUUUCUAGCAAAAGGGCAUCUCCAACAUGUUUCGUCACUCCUGCAAAAUAAUAAAAAAAUAUAUAUA